CCGGGUGGUGCGCAUGUGCAGAAAGCGGCCGCGGGAGCCGGCUGGCCAGCGGUGGCCGGGAGGUGUGGGCGCCGGAGCGGAGCGAGAUCACCUUAUUUCUCGUCUCCACAUCUCAGGAGGGACGUUCAUGUUUAGAAUCCUGACCACAGGAACUUCAAAAUGCCUAUUCUUGAACACCCAGCUUAUCCACCAGCUACUCUCCUUUGCUUGGAAAGUUUGGUGCCUUGUCGAGAAUCGCAAGUGUCCAUGUUGCUGUCGAUAUUUGGAGAGCGUCAGCAGUUGAGUUUUCCGUCCAUCUUUAUCUAUGGACAUACAUCUAGUGGAAAGACCUAUGUGAUGAAGACUCUUCUAAACACAUUACAGCUUCCUCAUGUGUUUGUGAACUGUGUGGAAUGCUUUACUUCACGACUUCUUCUAGAAGAAAUUCUCAUCCAGCUGCAAAAUGGUUCUUCUGAAACAAAACGAGCUUCUCCCGUGCCUUGUGAUACCUUCAAUGACUUUGUGCGUCUGUUUAAACAAGCUCUCGUGAGUCAAAAUCUUCAAGAUCAAACAGUAUAUGUUGUACUGGAUCGAGCAGAACAGCUAAGGGAAAUGGAAGCAAAUGUCCUGCCAGCAUUUCUUAGGCUUCAAGAAUUGACUGACAGAAAUGUGACAGUUAUCUUGCUUAGUGAAAUAGUAUGGGAAAUGUUUCGUCCAAAUACUGGAUGCUUUGAGCCAUUCAUCUUGUAUUUUCCUGAUUACAGCAUAGGACACCUGCAGAAGAUCUUGUCCCAGAAUCAUCCUCCAGAAUAUUCUGCGGAUUUCUAUUCUGCAUAUAUAAAUAUUCUGCUUGGCGUCUUCUACAUGGUCUGUAGGGACCUCAAAGAACUUCAGCAUCUGGCAGCACUCAAUUUUUCUAAAUACUGCGAACCAGUGGUCAGAAAAGAAGCAAAAGAACGCGACACUCGUAAACUCUGGAAAAAUAUUGAACCUCAUUUGAAGAAGGCAAUGCAGACAGUUUACCUCCGGGAAGUAUCCAGCUCACAGUGGGAGCGAUUACAGUGUGAAGAAGAAGAACCUGGGCAGAUUAAAGGACUUUCUGCACACACACAUGUGGAACUUCCUUACUACUCCAAAUUUCUUCUAAUCGCUGCUUAUCUUGCCUCCUACAAUCCUGUUAGGACAGAUAAGAGAUUCUUUCUUAAGCAUCAUGGGAAAAUUAAGAAGACCAACUUCAUGAAGAAACAUGAAAAGACCAGCAAUCACCUCCUUGGACCAAAGCCGUUUCCUCUGGACAGAUUAUUAGCAAUAUUGUAUAGCAUUGUGGACAACAGAGUUGCUCCAACUGCAAAUAUAUUUUCCCAGAUCACCUCCCUUGUGACUCUCCAGUUGUUGUCCGUGGUUGGCAACAAUGACCAGCUUGAUGGACCCCGAUACAAAUGUACCGUAUCUCUGGACUUCAUCAGAGCUAUUGCCCGGACUGUGAACUUCGACAUAAUAAAGUACUUGUACGAUUUCUUGUGAAAACAAGCUUCACAGCCAUAUGGACACUGUGACAAUGACUAAGGCAAGCUGUGUUCAUCUCUCUACUUAGCUGGCCAGAAUGAGGAGUAUUUUGGCUCUCUUGGAUUUGUCCAAACAGGUGCUGGCCCAGCAUGGAUUCUGAUGAAAAUAUUCUGAUUGGUCUGGGUAGAUCUGAGCAGAAGACUAUUUACCGGGGACCCUGGAGUAUUUGGAAGCAAUGUGUUAAUUAUAAACAGCAGGGUUUGAGCACAAUCUGUUCUACUCUUAAUGAUGUUAUCUUAACACUGAAAUUGCCUGAAACCCAUUUACUUAGGACUGCAUUUUGCUCUAUGAACUCUCCCCAGUGCUUUGAACAUGGCAGCAGCCCUUGUUUGUAUGCCCAGUCUUUUCACUUCCUCUCCACAGGAAUCUUUCCAAUUGCCUGCCAAAGUAGCUUUUCCUGAGGCUACCAUUUUAGAAGAGUGGAGCAGUGAAAUACAAUAAAUAAAAGCAAAAUAUUUAAAAUCAA